GAUGACAUCGAACGGAGCCUUGCGAUCUCUCGCUAUUUCGCAAGUUUUCCGACAACUUCAGCCGAGACAUAUACUCUCUUCUUUUAUUGAUCUUCUCCAUUAGAUUUUGGCGUUCGCUGUACCGCAACUGGAUUCGGAGACUCUUAGCGACAGCUUGCUAGGGCUCAUGGCGAAGUCAGGACAACCGGAUUUCUUCGCAGGAAGUGAAGGGGGGAUGAAUUCCCAGCCAUAUCUUAAUUCUCCGUACCCUUUAACAAGCAGUGAUCCAUUAUUGGAAAUGGCCUUUCCUAGUCUCAGUGAGUCAGAAUUACGUGAAGUGCUACUACAGGGUCCAAUCAUUAUGGGAACGCAAUGUAACAGCCAACAAUAUGGUCAACCAGCUGGACCGAGUAGUGGAGUGAUGCAUGAUCAACAUCUAACCAAUAUCAAUGCUUCAAGAACUGAUACCCCAGAAAUGGCUCCAGCGAAGAUUGUAAAUCUGAAGAAAAGAGAAGCUGACAGAGCAUACAGACAAAGACAGAGGGUAGGAAGACUACUAAUGCAAAACAACUUAGACAGGCUUUCUGAUGAGAAUGAAAGCUUGAAACGUGACAAUGCUUUGAUGAAUGAAACUUUGCAAUUUCAAGAAAAAAUUAUAGACCAGCUGAAAAGGGAUCUUACCAAAUUGAAGUCCAACAAUGAGAUGCAAAGUGCCACUGGGCAACAUCUGGCAGAGCUAUUACAAUUGCAGGAUUCGACGAAGUUCAUAAAAGCGGGGGACGAACAUCAUGUGAAGCCAACACAAGAUCCAACUCUUCCAGAUGAAGGAAGCCACUUAGAAAAAGAAAUUUCAGCUGGUAACUUGGAUGGUUGUGACUCCAAGGAUGAAAAUGAUUCUAGUAAGAAAAAGAAGCGUGGGGCUCAUUCAGCUCCAAGUGAAUGUUGUUCUGGCAAGGUUCCUAAGUAUGCGUGUUAUGAUGCCAGAGCUGAUCGGGUCGUUGAUCCUUACUCCAUUACUGAAUGCCUUCGUAUUUUAAAAACCAUGGGAGACAUACCGUAUCCUAUCGUAAAGAAAGCAACAGCUAAAUUUAAGUCACCUGAUGAGAGGGAGACUUUUAUUGGACUAUCUGCAGAUUGGAAAAGGGAGUGGGUGAAAGAUUUAGAGAAUGAUGCUUGAAGAAAUUUUCUACUUAUAUUUAAACUCUAAGAAGGGACCUUCUUCUUUUUUUUCUUUUUCACAGGGACUUUUUUUUGUUUGAAUUAGACUUUAUUGUGUUUGAACUAUUUAUGUUUUCUUGUUUUCAUUAAUUUUUAAACAGUGGUAUUAUUAAUU